CUGCGAUUUGCAUAAAAUCCUCACUCCAAUGUCACAGCCUCAUGCGGUAUCUGAGACUUCGUGACAGGAACAAAGAAGGUAAAGGACAGACACCGGAAGAGGAUGAUGUUUACGUCGACCCUAGCCCUUCUGGGCCUCAGUUUGGGACUGGUGGCUAAUGCUUUCCCCACACAACAGCCUGAAAACGGGAAGAACUGGGUGGUGAUUGUCGCUGGCUCCAAUGGCUGGUACAACUACAGACACCAGGCCGACGCUUGCCAUGCGUACCAGAUCGUCCACAAGAAUGGCAUCCCUGACGAGCAGAUUGUUGUGAUGAUGUAUGAUGACCUGGCGACCAAUGAGGAGAACCCCACCCAAGGGGAGGUGAUCAACAGACCCAAUGGGACAGAUGUUUACAAGGGAGUCCCCAAAGACUACACUGGAGAGGCUGUGACCCCUAGCAACUUCCUGGCCGUGCUGAAGGGUGACUCUGCCAGUACCAAGGGAGGUUCUGGGAAAGUGCUGAAGAGCGGUCCCAACGAUCACGUGUUUGUGUACUUCACUGAUCACGGAGCUCCUGGUCUGCUGGCCUUCCCUGACGACGACCUUCAUGUUGCCGACCUCAUGGCUGCCAUCAACUACAUGCGUGAGAACAAGAAAUACCAAAAGUUGGUGUUCUAUAUCGAGGCCUGUGAGUCUGGAUCGAUGAUGACCAAACUGCCUGCUGACAUCGAUGUGUAUGCCACCACAGCAGCCAACUCUCAUGAGUCGUCCUAUGCUUGCUACUAUGAUGAGAAGAGAGAGACCUACCUGGGGGACUGGUACAGUGUUAACUGGAUGGAAGACUCUGAUGUGGAGGACCUAAGGAAGGAGACCCUGAUGAAACAGUUCAAGGUCGUGAAGAGCCACACCAACACGAGCCACGUCAUGCAGUUUGGAAACAAGACUCUGGCCCGUAUGAAGGUGAUGGCCUUCCAAGGUAAUGCCAAGGCCAACGCCCAGCCUGCCCCCCCCAUGACCCUGCAGCCUGUAGCGGACCCAGACCUGACCCCCAGCCCUGACGUACCCCUGGCCAUCCUAAAGAGGAAACUGAUGAGCACCAAUGACAUCACAGCAGCCAGGAAAUACCUCAGCCAGAUCAACUCACACCUCAAGGCGCGUGAGCUGCUGGGAGAAACGAUGCGCCGGGUGGUAGAGAAGGUGACAGGAGACGAGACCGUGACCCAGAGGGUUCUGAGUGCCAAGCUGGACCUGACCCAGCACCAGUGUUACAAGGCUGCUGUCGGACACUACAAGACACAAUGCUUCAACUGGCACACCACCCAGUAUGAAUACGCUCUGCGGCACCUGUAUGCCCUGGUCAACCUGUGUGAGGGCGGAUAUCCAACAGACAGUAUCCUGAUGGCAAUGGAGAGCGUGUGUCAUUUCAACUAGAUGGAUGUUCCUGAACGAACACACACCUCAAAUCAGCUUGCUGUGCCUCCAGACGGGAGGGUCUGAGACGACGAUGAGUCUUCUCUUUGCACUGACAAGGAAUCAAGUUUGACAAAGAAUCUCUCUUUCACUGCUAUAACACUUUCUGAAACGUUUGAUUUUUAAACUUUAUUUUUUUUCCCGGUUUUAUUAAGACAUUUUUAAGAUGUGUUUUUAUGAUUAAUUGCACUAUAUCACUGUGAGCGUUUUUUGUUUUUUGAUGCGAAUAAUGUUUUACUGCUCUGAUUUUUGUAUGACGAAAAAUGAGAGAAUACUUGGGUUCACUUUUCUCCCUUGGGUGCAGUGGUGCCUGAUUUUAGUGGGUAUACUGUAAUUUUGGCAAAAAAUUGUCAAACUGCCCUCCCAGUGAAGGAAAGAAGCCCUGUGUGCAACUCUCUGAGAAACAGUGACAUACACUCUGAAUGAUCAAAUGUGCAUUUUUUUAAAUGGUGGUUUCCCGAAAAAGAAAAAAAAAUGUCCAUUUGUAAACAUUUGCAUGUAGGCCGUGUGCACAUUACAACACCUAAAAUGUAAAGAAAUAAUAUGUGAAACGUUCCGAUCUGUUCCAUCAGCCUUAAUGAAUUGAUACGGCGUAUACCUACACUACUUUGAUAAGCAUCGUGGGGAUUAUGAAGUGGGUAUAAACAGGUAUGCCCACUGAAAAUGAAGUGGUUAAACCUACGAACACCCUCCACUACUGCUUGGGUAUUGGCUCUGCUAUACGUCACCAUGGGCCCGUUUAUCACAGCUGUGUGACGGUGUAGGGUGACGUUGCCCCCUAGAUGCUGAGCAUGGGUCAGUUUUGCGUUUUUUUUUUUUCUCCACUAACGGUUAGGAUUGGGAAAAGGGGUAGCUAAACCUAGAUCUGAACCUAGGGAAGAGUUAUCCUGGACAGGCUCAGGAUACUGUGUUGUCGUUUGGGAUGUUGAGCUAAAACCUUGAUAGUCAGAGGCAACUGUAAAGGACUUUUUGUGGACUGCCACGAGGCUAAGCUGAGUGGUGUAGACCACCACAGCCAUGAUAAAAAUGUCAUAACACAUGGACUCCAGUGUGUUAUUGCUUUUAUACGAUGGGUUACCAGCAUUAAAAAGCAAGAUUCUUUCCAUGUGUUUUCUAACAAAGCGUGAUGCUAUAUUCACUAACACUGGUUGUCAAGUGCAAUUUUUAGGCGUUCUCUGGUCGUUAGUUCUAUUCGUAUUGACUGACAUGGAAAGCAAAACGACCUAAAACGCUGAUUGAUAGUUCCAGAACUUUUGCUAUGGCAAACAACAAUGGUUGCUAUGGAGGCUCUUCCACCGUUGCUAGCUAGCCAACUGCACAGCUAACGCAAUCACUACAGGCUGAAAAGACGGCAAACUUGCUAUAUGUGUAUGUUGUCUAGUGUAUAUAAUCAGCAGGAUAGUCCCUAACAAUAGGGAUUCCUAACCACCUGUUGUAUAAUAUUAAUUACCAUACUGUCUCUCUCCAUCUGGUCUACCCCCCCUCCUGUCGAAUCUAGUUUAAUCAAGAUAUUGCCAGAGUCACAUAAUGGUUCCUCUUCUGUUGGGAGUAAUUUGUCAUAUUAGGAUGAUUUUUAGAGUUAAAUGGUGUAGCUACUGUGCCUGGUUUUGCUGAGGAAGGGUGCAGACCAUAGAAAUAGAAUGGAUUCUAGUUAUAUAUUACAGACGUCCUGCCACCGUAUAUUAUCAAAUGCAAUAGUGAUCAUAAUCUUUUUUUUUUUUUUUUUUAAGUUGAUGGUUGCUGAAGUUUAUGGACGACUGGCUGUAUAAGAUGCUGAAUAGGGCAGAAGACAUUUUAGGAAUGUAAAAGGGAGAGCUGGGGCAACGCAGUGUAGGACUAAGGCUUUGAGGACUGGACUGCAGGAGGAGCAAUAGCUGACUAGAAGCAUUUUGUAUACAAUGUUCACUCUUGGAAAUAAAACUGAUGAUGUUCGUA